AUGAAGUUCGGACGCACCAUCAAGACGUCACUCUACUCGGAGUGGAGCUCAAAGUACAUUCGCUACUCUGAGCUUAAGAAGGAGAUCAAGAACCGCCUGGCAAAGAACAACGGCGUUUGGAGUGACAAGGAUGAGGAUGACUUUGUGGAAAUCCUUCGCCAGGAGCUCGACAAGGUCUACGACUUCCAGAAGCAGAAGGUCCAAGAGCUCACCGAUCGUAUCAAGCAAGCCCAGUCUGAGGUACACCUGCUCGUCUCUUCGCGUCACUCGUCGUCCGUAUCGCUAGGCACUGACGCUCACAGCCAGGGCCACCAGAGCGAGGGCGAGGGGCAGGAUGCAGAUGGCGGUCAGCAGCACACCAACAACGGCAAUCGCAGACACAUCCAUGCAGCAGACAACAUCGGCUCGGAUGAUGAGUUCGACAGCGACACGGAAGACUCCGAGCUCUUCGAGGAGCGCUUCUUGGAGCUUGAGGAGCGUCUCGCCGUCAUCAUUGCCGACGUCCACGACCUCGCCCUCUUCACCAAGCUCAACUACACGGGUUUCCACAAGAUUGUCAAGAAGCACGACAAGCAGACCAACCGUCUCCUCCGCAAAGAGUUUGUACAGCACUAUCUCAGCGCUCGCCCCUUCUACAAGGAGAACUACGAUCAGCUCAUCGUCAAGCUGUCGAAGCUCUUCGAUCUCGUUCGCACUCGUGGUCACCCAAUCCAAGGUGACGCAAGCGCAGGUGGCUCCCAGUCAGCCUUUGUGAGGCAGACGACCAAGUACUGGGUUCACCCAGACAACAUCGUCCCUCUGAAGCUCUUCAUUCUUAAACAUCUGCCCGUCCUCGUCUUUAAUCCGGACAAGGAGUACCAGCCGGAAGACAGCGCGAUCACCUCGAUCUAUUAUGACAACGAGGACCUCGAGCUCUACCUCGGUCGUCUCGAGAAGACCGAGGGCGCCGAAGCUAUCCGCCUGCGCUGGUACGGAGGUAUGAACAACAAGCAGAUCUUCGUCGAGCGAAAGACGCAUAGAGAGGACUGGACUGGUGAGAAGUCAGUGAAGGCCCGCUUUCCGAUCAAGGAGGAGAAUGUCAACAAGUACAUGACGGGCGAGUAUCGUAUGGCCGAGACGUUUGAAGAGCUCCGCAAGAAGGGCAAGAAGAGCGACAAGGAGAUUGACUCGAUGAUUCAAUUGGCAAACGAGGUGCAAUACAGCGUGCAGAGCCGGCAACUCCAGCCAGUCAUGCGCUCCUUCUACAACCGCACAGCAUUCCAGCUCCCUGGCGACGCUCGUGUACGCAUCUCUCUCGACACUGAGCUUAGUCUCGUUCGUGAAGAUAACUGGGACGGACGAGCCAAGGCUGGCGACAAUUGGCGUCGUAUGGACAUCGGCAUCGACUACCCCUUUGAGCAGCUGCCCGCCGAGGACAUUGAGCGAUUCCCGUAUGGCGUGCUCGAGGUCAAACUGCAGACGCAGAUGGGCCAAGAGCCACCAGAGUGGGUGCGCGAGCUCGUUGCAUCCCAUCUCGUCGAGGCCGUGCCCAAAUUCUCCAAAUUCAUCCACGGCUGCGCUACUCUCCUCGCCAACCGGGUCGACUUGGUGCCCUUCUGGCUUCCGCAGAUGGACACAGACAUUCGCAAGGCUCCAAGUCGCAACCUGCAGAUUGAGCGUCCUGUAUCGACCCAUGCUUCAGACGCCUCGUCUCGCCCCGAUACCCCAGCUACUCGAGCCUCUUCCGACAACACGCCAUACCACGAACCCGUCUCUGAGGACGAGUUCGAAGGCGCAGACGACGACGAGCGCGAGCAUGCCGCGGCAAAUGAGGAUCACCUUGCCGCCAAUAUCGGUCUGGCCCCGCACGACCCGCGUAUUCGUGAGAUUCGAGAGCAGCGAGAGGCCAACAUCCGCAAGAGGCAGGCAGAGUUGGAAAAGCAGAGGGCGGAGGGUGGAUCGGACAAUGCAGCCAAUGCGGCGAGUAGCUUGCUAGCCACGGGUCAGUCAGGUGUAGCUCAAGCUGCAGGGCUCACUGAGCGAGAGAGGCGUCAGCGUGACGCGCAUCGCAAGCCCGCAGGACGCGAUGAGAUCCUCUCGACUUCGACAGCCUUUGAUAAGAACUACUUCAGCAAGCUAGCCCCCUCCAACAUCAAGCGUCUCUUCCGCUCCAAGUACUCGCGCGACGGCACCGCUUCAUCGCACCACCACGACGACGACGACGAUGACGACGAGGAGGAAGACGAAGAGCGCGAACGCAUCCGCCAAGCGCUGAUGGGUCGCGACGAGGAAGAGCCCCGAAGUCGCGGCUCCGGCCCACCUACAGGCGUCGAGUAUGUGACAAACUUCCGAGCUCCCACGGGCACAAAGGUCUCCAUACCGGUACGAAUCGAGCCCAAAGUCUACUUUGCCAACGAGCGCACCUUCCUCAAAUGGCUCGAAUUUUCCGUCUUCCUCUCGGCCCUCGCCGUUGGUCUACUCAACUUCAGCACUCCAGGAGACAAAUACGGUCUGGUAGCCGCCAGCUUCUUCACCAUUGUGGCCCUGUGCUGCAUUGCGUACUCUGGGAUCCUGUACAUGUGGCGCGCUCUGAAGAUCCGCAAGAAGGAGAGCUCCAACGUCUACUUCGACGCCCUUGGGCCCUCGUUGCUCUGUGCGGCGUUGCUGUCAGCUACGGUGGUCAACUUCGUGCUGCGAUUCGCGGAGUCGUCGCAUUCGAGGCAGAAUCGAGGGGUAUUCAAUUGA